AUGGGCGCAUCCAGCAGCCAACCAGCUGAUAGUGAGGCGGAAAUUCAGGAAUUGGUUCGAGGCUUGGCUCCGGUUCAAAGCGAGCCUGAUAGGGGUGUUACAUUGCCGACGGACGAUCCAUUGCUAGCGGAAGUGCUUUCAUCACCCCCGGACAUCUACAAGGACAAAGAGGCGCUCAACUUGCUCUAUUUCAUCAGUCCAAUGAUUCUGCUGCUUCUGCUCUUGAUGGCAAUCUUGCUUUAUCGCUAUUAUCGUCACAAUCUUUCAAAGCACCACCAUGGAACUUUUGUGGUUAACGAGCCCAAUGGUGUUGAAGUCGGUUUGGACAAUUCAUUCGACCGUUUGGAGACAAUCAAGGAAGAAGAUGCGUUCCUGCAAGAUUUUGAGUACGGAAAGCCAAAGAAAAGCCCUCGACGCUUGGAUCAAAAUGGCAACGCGCCCCCUCUUCCCACCAAGGCAACAUUCAUGUCGUCGGAAGCUCUUGUU